AUGGCCGUGUACUACAAGUUCAAAAGUGCUAAGGAUUUUGAUUCUAUACCCAUUGAUGGGCAUUUUAUAUCCGUUGCUAACCUCAAAGAGCGAAUUUUCGAGGUCAAACAUUUGGGCAGAGGUACUGAUUUUGACCUCAUGGUCUCCAAUGCGCAGACUAAUGAAGGUUCGUUCUUGUCUAGCUCUAAUUGCAUUCUAAUUAGCAUGGCAUGGAGGGAGAGGGUGAAAUAAAAAUGAAAACUUGAUUCUAGAUUUCCUUUUUCCUAUGGGCUUAUUGUAAAUGUUAUCCAACUUCUGAAGUCCUAGAUUCGUUAGCACUAUGAAACAAGAUUUGCUUGUCUGAAAACUGUGUCGAUUCUGACGACGAGGUAGAUCAUGGGCCUCCGAGGUUAAUCAAGAUAAUGAGGUGGGUAUGGUGUUUGCUAGGACAGCUGAAGAGCGUGCGUGAAUACACUAUGGGAUGGGGUCAUUCAUUCUACAUUUGGCAGUGCAGAUUGGACAAAUCUCCCUCCAAUUUUUUAUAGAUUUUCUACUGUCUUUUUCGGUUUCAGAGUAUGUGGAUGAAGCGAUGUUGAUACCUAAAAAUACAUCUGUGCUGAUACGUCGAGUUCCUGGACGUCCUCGGAAGACAAUUGUUGCCGCACCAGACGAGUACUGUCUCGUACUUCAAAUCUUGAUUGUCUUCUUUCUUUGUUUGUGGCUCUACUGCCCCAUUGGGCUUCGAAGACUGUUUGUAUUAUCAUCCUUAAUUUAUGCACAGUGUUUGAGUAUGCACUGUCUGUUUGACUUUGAUACCCCCGUUCUUUCAUUUGGUGAAUGCCUAAUCUCCUUUCAUGGGAGAAUUUCCUAAUAGCAGUCGAGUGAUCUGCAUGAUAAUGAAAUCUGAAGUGCGCUGUUACUCAUGUGCAGGCCGAAAGUUGAGGGUGAUAAGUUAGUUGAUGUUCCACAAUCCAAAAGUAGCAUGUCUAUUGCUGAUACGUCUGCUAUGAGAAUUGUAAGCGAAUUUUUAGCCAAAUAAUUCCUAGGCAGCGCUGCUACAUUUUAGAUAGCUGCCUCUGGUUACAUGUAUUGCGAAAAAUUCAGUAGGACCGUAGAUAAUCUAGAAAAUCACUAUUGGAUGGGCUUGAGUCGGCAGCUGAUAUUUUUAAUUGGGUCUGCAGCCUGAAGAACCUGAGUGGGAUGAAUUUGGGAAUGAUUUGUAUGAUAUCCCUGAAGCUCUACCGGUUCAAAGUAGUAAUCAAGUUGUGAAUAUCUCUCCUCCCAAUGUAGUUGACGAGGAGAACAAAAUUAAAGCAUUCGUUGAUACGACUGCUCUUGACUGGCAACGGUGAGAUAUCUCUUCCCGCAUUUAGCUUGAAACCAUUUACAUUCUGUGCGUAAUCAUCAUCUUUGAUUGGCUCAAUUUGGUUUUUUCAGCCAAUUACAAGAGAACGUUGGGUCUGGAAGAGGAUUUGGGCGUGGAAUGGGUGGAAGAAUGAUGGGUGGCCGGGGAAUGGGUAUGACAGGACAUCACAUCUUUGAUACAUAUUGUUAUUUUUAUUACCACGGCUUUUUUUCUGUUAAAAUGUCGUACAUUUAAAAGGACGCUGCUAUCCAUCUACUGCUCAAUGACACCAUCUUUAACUUCUAUAAUGUAGAACAAGUGCGUUGUUGUUUCUUUUAGUAGUGGAAAUGCCAUCUUGUGUGUUGGGAUAAAGUCGAGAUGCAAUGUUAAAAUGACAGAGGUUUCUGAUAUAUAUCUGGAGAAACAAAUGGGCUAAGGUGACUGAGGUGUGUCUUGCUUUGGAAGCAGAAAGCAACGACAAUUCCUGUCAGCUCGUUUUUCAUCGAUUUUGGUUUGUACGCAUAUUUUCUUGUGAUCGUGUGCAUUUUUCUAUUGGGAGAAAGAAUCCGAAUAUAACUUAAUGACGAGGAGAGUUUCACCUGAUAGAACAAGUGCCUAAAUAUGUCUACAAUUUGGUUUACCGUUGGGUCUGUCCUAUGAAGGAAACUCCUUCAAAGUCUUGUAGGAGUGGGUGCCCCUUGUCAGGUGUAAAUUUUUCGUAGAUUAUUUGUUAAAACCCAGGUUACCGCAUAAGAUCAUAUCGCACUGCAUGAUCUUAGCAUUUCAUGAAUUUAAAAGUUGGUGUUUUGUUUUGUCUUGAGAUAUCUAGUGAUGAUAUUGGUCUCCAGUGGCAGAUUCUUUUUCUUCACAAGGUAUCUCAUUUAUAAACUAUGUGACUUUGCGCAAUAUGAUUUGACGGUGGUUUUUCCUUGAAAAGUACAUGGGAUUGGUUGAUGUUCACCAUGUAAUACACCUUAGAGUUCAAGGUAUCGACUCGUAUGACAUACGGUUCUUGGAAGACACAGUGGUAUUGAAAUUAGUUCUGCUGUCUUGUAUAUCUACGAGACUGGGAAAUGCCAGAAUAAUAUGACUAAUGCCAGUUUCUGUGUCAUGAGACCAUAAAUGUAUUUCUGCUACUCAAAUUCGUAUCUUUUUUUUCUUUUCUUGGUACCAUUUCAUCUUGAAAGCAUCACGAGUUUCCUUGAGCAUACUUAUUGUUCCUUCUCUUUUGUUUGUUACCGUCAAUUGUUCUGAGAUAACAUCUCUAUAAACACCAGGCUUUUAUUAAGUUUACUUCAAUCCUUUGUGAUCAUGUCUGUAGAUAUAACGUAAUCUUGGGAUGCUGUUCAUGUCUCGCUGUUCUCAUUCUUAUUUUUUGAUAUGUUGCAUUUUUUGUUGAUCGAAGGUCGUGGUGGUGGUGCUGGUGGAGGUAUGGUAAGAAAGACGCCACCACAGGGUUAUGUCUGCCAUAGAUGCAAUGUCCCUGGUACGUAGGCACUGUCUCUGAUACCUUACUUUCUUCAUGAUGUAAUGGUUUCUUACGAUGUCUAUGGUUUAUUCAUUACUUCUUAGGGCAUUUUAUCCAACACUGUCCCACAAAUGGUGAUCCUAACUAUGACAUAAAAAGAGUUAAACCCCCAACGGGUAUCCCGAAGUCAAUGCUAAUAGCUACUCCUGAUGGUUCUUAUGCAUUGCCAAGUGGCGCUGUUGCUGUCAUGAAGCCCAAUGAGUGAGAAGGCUUCUCCCAAUUUUGUAUUGUCGCUGCCUCUUGGUAUCUGUUUUGCAUCGCUAACUCUGUUGACCUACUACUUUAAAUGCAGGGCAGCAUUUGAGAAGGAAAUUGAAGGGUUACCUUCAGCACGCUCCGUUACUGAUUUCCCACCUGAACUACGUUGCCCCCUUUGUAAAGACGUUAUGAAAGAUGCUGUUCUUACGAGCAAGUGCUGUUUCAGUAGUUUUUGUGACAAAUGUGAGCAAUUAUCUCUCUUAUUCUCCAUCGUUUAUCCCAGUAGGUCUGGGGGGUCACUUCCCUUCGCACUGCAAAUCUGUCUUAGGCAGUGACGAAUUUCAUCUCUACUCUUGUUUUCCUUCAAUAUCUACAAUGCUUUUUUUCAAGAUAGACGGUGUAUAUUUUUUUGGGGCUAAAAAGCAUUGCAUCCUUCAAGUACAGCCUCUGCUUCGUGAUUUUCCGCUCCUCGACAUAUGCUUACUGCUUUGCUAAUAAACGUUCUCAAUAAUCUCACGGCUGCAAUGCAUACCACCAUAUAUCUGAGAAUUACGAUCGCCAUAUCUGUCAGUCUUUGUUUGGCACUUGAAGUCUGGAAUUUAAUACAUUAGUUUAGGCCUUUUGACGUUCUAGUCUUCCCUGUUUAAGAAAUGACGAUGAACCGCUCUGUGCACACUCUCGCAUAAGUUUUGUAUGGACGACCGUGCGUUGACUUUGCGAUACGUUCCAUCGAGCUUUUUCAUCAUUUGUCGUACCGUGUUAUUUUAAAUAAUUUUCUGGUUCCUUGUGUGGCCAUCCAUCAUCACAGGCAUCAGGGACUACAUAAUUUCAAAGUCAAUGUGCGUAUGUGGAGCAACAAACAUACUUGCAGACGACCUUGUGCCGAAUAAAACGGUCAGGGUGACCAUCAACCACAUCUUGGAAUCAACCACGAGCAGCGCAGACAAUGCUGGAAGCCUGCAGCAGGUGCAAGGUAUCUAUUAUUAAUCUCCUACCUGCUCUUGUGCAUUCAAUAAGGGACCUGCAACCUUAUAAGAUAGAAUGAAGCCCAGUGAUCGCAUAAGAUUAUGCUUUUUUCCUAUUAAUUCAGAUAUGGAAUCUGCUCGUCCUGCGCAAAUGAAGGCGCCAUCACCUACCCAGUCAGCUACCAGCAAAGAAGGGAGUAAGGCUCUUCUGGGGAAGGAGCAGACCGAGAAUAGAGAGGUUGGUGAGUAUGAGAAUGAGAGCACGGGCGCCGCCUUGGCGGGACAGUCGCUGGAAAACAGAGCUCUGAAGAAUGCGGGGUCCGAGGCAGCUGCUCCAGAAUCCGCGAGUGCAAAGGAGCCGACGUCCCAGGAGAGCGGCGCCGCUGUCGUCCCCGAAGAAGAGGCCCCAGAGAGAAUACAGUCUUCCGAACAGGGUAAUGAUGGUAUAAUAUCAGCUGACAAGGGUUGACUUUCGAUCCCCCCUGUUUCUUCAUCCGACGCGCACCUUUUAUUUAUUUAUUUACUUGUUUUUUACUGAACUUUUGCAGGCAAGAAGAAGAAGAAGAAAAAGCCGCGGCUGCCCGGCGCUGGUCAGUAGUCAGACCCUUUAGUUCCCUCCCCACUGCUGUGAGUCGGUUGACUUUUUCCAUGGCUCAUAUCCUCUUCCUUAAUUCUGCAGGCGACAUGCAGUGGAGACCUUAUCCUGAUGUGGGGGGCCCGGAGAACUUUGGGGGGAUGCCGAUGGGACCCUACAAUCCGGUGUUUCCGGGGGGCAUGCCGUGGGGGAUGGACGGGUACUUGGGUCCCCUGCACGGCGCCGCUAUGCCCUUGAUGGGGUACAUGCCCGGGCCCUACGACGUCCCUUACGGCGGCAUGAUGCCGCCGCAGGACCCCUACGCCGCCGCCGCCGCUGCUGCCGCCGCCGCUCAAGGUUUUAUGAUGCCCGUUCUCCCUCAAAUGUAUGUUCCCUCAACUCUCUUCUACUACUAAUACUACUUCAGUAAUUGGGAGUGCUGACAAGAAGAAGAGGUGUUCUUGGACGGAUGCAGGGAUCUGUCGGAGCUGAGCAUGACCGGGGCGAACCAGAGCCUCCCUCCGCCUGGGAUGAGCAGGGAGGAGAUGGACGCGAGGAGGGCGGCCGAGUUCCGGAGGCGGCGAAGCGAGGCCGACCGGCGGAGCGAGAGGUUGCCGCCGGAACUCAAUUCCAUUCCAUUCAAUUCAAAUUCAGUUCCCCCUCCCUUUCUUCUUCUUCUUGGCUCCGCUCCCUCCUCCAGCUGGGAGGGACGGCUUGCUCUAGGUCUGUCUCUGAAACAGCAGGAUCAUCGAUCGGUUGUGGGUGGCGCAGGGGACGGUCGAGGGACAGGGAGAAGGAGGACGCCCGCCGCGACGCCGACAUCUCCCCCCCAAGAUCCAGAUCUGUACGUGUCUGCCUCUCUCUCUCUCUCUCUCGUAGCAACCCCCCAAGAUACCAAGUAUCUCCUCCCUCCCUCCUCCCCCCCGGCCUUCUCUUCGAAUGCGGUCGCUCGUUCGGUCGGCUCGCUCAAGAACUGGAGGGUUUUUUUGCGUGGGGGAGAGUUAGUGAGUGGCUGAUGACUUGUGGAGCGAAAAACGUGGCUGACUGAUGUCGCGUGUACGUUGUGCCUUUUUUGUUCCCUUUUUCCCGUGCAGCGAUCGGAGGCCGCGGACCGGGGGAAGGCGGCGGCAGGGGCCCGGGCGCCGAGCCAGGACCGGGCCGACAGGUCGUCGGCCAGGACCAGCAGCGGCACUAGCCGUGGCCCCAGCGCCGACCGGUCCAAGAUCACUAGGACGACGAGCGGCGGGGACAGGUCCAAGACCACCAGGACGAGUAGUGGCGGCGGCGAGAAGACCAAGAAGAGCAGGACGAGUGGUGACGGCGGCGAGAAGACUAGGAGCAGGACCGACAACAAAGAAAAAGCGGAGAAGAGCCGCGAGGAUCACCAGCGGCAGUCGCCGUCGCGCCGUUCCUCCUCCAGGAGGAGCAAGGCAGAUGAUGAUCAUCGCCAUGAUAGAGAGGGAGAGGGAGAGGGGGAGGGAGAGGGAGGGGGGGUCCCUCUCCCUCUCCCUCCCCCCCCGCCGCCACCGCCCCCGCCGUUGCCGGCGACGGCGGGGGGUGACCGGAAGCACAAGGGCAGCGUGUUCUCGCGUAUCAGCUUCCCGGAAUUGUCGGAAGGGACCGUCGGCGGCGGCAGCAGCAGCAGCAGCAGCAGCAAAAAGAAGAGGAGAACCCCGGAGGAGGCGGCGCCUCCUCCUCCUCCCCUGCCCAACGGGGUGAAGGAGCAGGACGACCACCGCAAGGCGCCCAAGGGUUCCUCCUCAUCCACCGCGGCGGUGGCGACCACCGGCGGUCGGCGGGGUGGCGGCGGCGGCGGAGGUGCUGCUGGUGCGUCGGAAGAACAGGCUGCUGAGUCGGACGAGGACUACCACUUUAAGAGAAGGCCGGCCGCCGCCCGCCACGAGGACGAGGAUGCCCCCGACCGGGUGGGGCCCUCCUCCUCCUCCGCCUCCAAGGCGUCGAGGGACCGGGACCGGGACCGGGACCGGGACCGGGACCGGGACCGCGACCGCGACCGCGAUCGUGAUCGUGUAAGAGACCACGGCCACCAUCGUGCCGCCAAGCGCCGAUAA